GCAGGCUCCGGGUCUCCAGUUUUCAUGCUCUGUUUCGGAUCAGCUGCUGUGGAUCGUUAUCUGGACCGGACCUGAUUCUGCUGGUUCUGUUUGGGUCGGAGUUCUGGGGGAACAUGAGGAGGAGAGGAGCAGAACACCGGACGCGGGCCUGAGGAGCAGAACCGACUCAGAACUGCUGAGCAGGAUGUCAGGAAACGUGUCAUCUCUGGCUCCACCCACCAGUGCGUCUCCUCCACCUCCUCUCAACGUCUCCCAGUAUCCUCCCCUCACCGACUGGGAGCCUCCCAGUUUCACCCGAGCUGCUCAGUUCCGGGUCGGCGCCACCUCAGUGCUCUUCCUGUUUGCCGCCUGCAGCAACUUGGCGCUGCUGGCCAGCGUCUGGUGCGGCCGCGGCCGCCGGCUGUCGUCUCACCUGCGGCCGUUGAUGCUGAGCCUGGCGGCGGCAGACCUGAUGAUGACGUUUGUGGUGAUGCCUCUGGAUGCGGCGUGGAACAUCACGGUGCAGUGGUACGGCGGCGAGGCGCUCUGCAAACUGCUGUGCUUCCUGAAGCUGUUCGCCAUGCACGCCGCCGCCUUCAUCCUGGUCGUCAUCAGCCUGGACCGCCAUUACGCCAUCCUGCCGCUGGACGCUCUGAGCGCACACCGCAGGAACCGCUGCAUGCUGCUGCUGGCCUGGACUCUGAGCCUGCUGCUGGCCUCCCCACAGCUCUUCCUCUUCAGAACCAUCCGUCUGGAUGCCGCUGACUUCACGCAGUGCGCGUCCCACGGCAGCUUCGCUGGCCGCUGGCAGGAGACGCUCUACAACAUGUUCCACUUCGUCACGCUGUACGUCGUCCCGCUGCUGCUGAUGAGCUGCUGCUACAGCCGCAUCCUGCUGCACAUCAACCGGCAGCACCUGCAGCACAAAGGUGAGUCGCCCCUGCGGCGCAGCGGCACUGACGUCAUCCCCAAGGCGCGGAUGAAGACGCUGAAGAUGACGGUGGUGAUCGUGCUGUCCUUCGUCGUGUGCUGGACGCCGUACUACCUGCUGGGGAUCUGGUACUGGUUCCAGCCCGGCAUGCUGCGGGUCACACCUGAGUACGUCCACCACGCCCUGUUUGUGUUCGGGAACCUGAACUCCUGCUGCGACCUCAUCUACGGCUUCUACACGCCGUCGUUCCGCGCCGACCUGGCCGACCUGGCCGCCUUCUGCCGCCGCACGAGAAGCCGCGAGUCGCCGGACCGCCUGUCCGCCCGGCGGGGUCCGCACAGCGGCGAGGACGAGGCGGCGCCCCGCUGACCAAUCACAGCCCAGAACGGAACCACGGGACGCGCUCUGCUUUUAUUCCUUCGAGGUUUUGUUUGCUGAAUCCGAAUAAAAUGUUUCUGUGAUUCUGAUUGGUCACAAUAUUGAACAUUAAUCCUGUGCUCUGAUUGGCUGAUAACCAAUUUAGAACCUGACAUGCAGUCCAGCAGCGCCACCUGCUGUCCGGGUAACUACGGAGCCCUGGAGGGGACAUGGGAAGUUUCCUUUUGCGUUCUCUCGUAAUAACAUUUCUGCAAUAUUUGCUGGUCUGGUUUGAACACAGCCACAGUGUUUAUGAACCGAUUGGUGCAAAAACUGAUAGAAGACCUGUCAGGUGAUUUAUUACCCGCAGUAAUAAUAGUCCAGAUAUAGUUUCUCUUCUUUCCUACUUAUGGGAAGAUAUAAAACUUCACAUAUUUCAUAUUAACAUCCAUGGAAAAACCUGCUAUUAUAGCAGAAAGUAUGAUGAGAAAGGCUGACAGUAUUCAGUCACAUGAACUGAUCAGAACGUCACUGCGAGGGAACGCAAAAGGAAAACGUCCCCGUGUCCCUUAAGGGGCUCCGUAAUUAACAAUAAACAAUUCAAUCAUGAUUGAUACUGAAUAAUAUGUAUUAAAUAUGCGUAUGU